UCUCUUUCUCUCUCUCAGCGGCAAAAAGCCUUUCGCUUUUCUCUUUUCCGUGCGACGUGCGUCCUAUUUUUCCUUUGAUAAACCAAUUAAGCAAUUCCUUCUCCGUAUUUUUAUUUUGUUAUUUAUAUUAAAAAAAAAAGAGGGAACUGUUUGGAUGGAAAACGAAAUCAAUAAAUAAAUGAAUAAAACUCUCCUCCAACGGCUUUAAAUUCUGUCUAUCUGCUCAGAGAGCGCGGAAUCUAGGGCUGUCGUCUUCUUUAGUUGUUUUUUUUUUAAUUAUCUGGCUGUUGUUGACCCAGGUAUUCUUUUAUUGUUGUUGUUUCUGUUGUGAAGAAGAUGGUGAAUAAAAUUUUGAGGUUAGGGUUUUAUUGACUGGGGGUCGUUGGGAUUAUGCAUUGUCAAUUUACUACUGUUUUGAUGAUUUUUGUGAUGUUUCCAUUGAUGGGUAUGCAGUAAUUGGUAAAACAAAUUGAUAGAACUUUGAUAUGCUCGUGUGAGAACUCGCUCGAGGUCCACGAAUCUUUGCACCAGGCUGCUGUGGAGCAGCAUGUGUGCUUGAUAGAAAAUUCUGAUUCUGAAAAUCUGCCUUUAUUAGAGGCUGGUUUAGAUAUGACUGAUCAUAAUGUGGCAUCCACUAGUGCGCUGGAUCAGUGCCUAAAUUUAUCUCAAAAAGAUAAUGCUGGUUCUCUGAGCUCUGGUGAUUUUACAGAGGCUGCAUCUGUUGAUAUGGGAAUUGGAUUGGUGUGUGACAGUGGAGAUAUCAUUGGUUUGGUGCCAGGGAAAUCAUCAGAGGAUGAUUUUGGUGUUGCUGGUGGUUAUUUUAAUGGAAGGCAAAGCGGAAUUGAUGAUUGCAAUGUGGAAAUUGAUGGAUUGUGUAUGGAAAAAGUUGGGUCUAGCAAUUAUAAUGGUGGAUUAAUAAAUUCAUUGGAGAACUGUGAAAGGUCUCUGGAAUUGAGGAAUUCUGAUCGACUGCACGAACAGAAGGAUGACUGGAGUGGCAGUGUUCAAGGGGAUACAGAAGAGAAAAGUGCUGGUUUGGCUGCAACAGGGACUGAUUUUUGUAACCAAAUGCUGUCUUCAUCAGACUGUGAAAUUCCUGUGGAAAUUAGAUCUCUGAAUGCCUUGCCUAGAAAUAGGGCUGAACCGGACAAGGAGGAUAGUGUUGCCUCUUUGGAAGGGGUUAAGGAGGUCGUAGAAAAUAAAAGCAUAGGUUUAUCCAGGGUGGAAACUGAAAAUCACCAUGGGAAGCUAUCAGAACUGGUACCAAGAAUAGGUGCACUGUGUAAUUGUAACAAUCCCUCUGCAGAAGAGGUUACAGAGGUUAUGAAGGAUGAAAGCAACGCUUUACCUGUCAUAGAUGCUACUAUUCAUGACAAUUUGUCUUCUUGUCAAAAUGCUGCUACGUCCUUGGAAUUAAUGCCUACAAUUGGUUCUCCAGAAAAAAAUAUCCAGCAGGAUAAGCAGAACGAUGGUGGGCUUUUUAGGGCACCCUUUGAGCAAGGGGUUACUGAAAAAGAAAAUGAUCUUUUAGCAGGUGUAAAAUCUACUACUAAUAACCAAAUAUUGUCUUCAUUAGAUGAUAAAAUGUGCAUGAAAUCAGACUUUGUGGAUUAUUGCCAACAAAGUGACAUGGAGGCAAAGAUUACCAGCAGUUUAUCCUUGGAGAGGGCUGUGGAUGCGAAUGAUGAUGUUUUAACCAUGAUGGAAUCUGAUGGAUGCACCCAGAAAGCACUGAACAGCAUUGAAAUGCCUAGAGAAUUAUCUGUUACAGGUCCUGUGGUGAGUAUUUGUGUUAGGCAGAAUGAUCAGAGAAAAGGUGAAGAUGUCAAUUGUCAUACAGCAGAAAGGGUUCCAAGAGAUAAUUUGAAGAGAAGUGAUGUUGAUCAAAGCAUCCAGGCGACCUUAGAGAAUUUAGUUACGGAUGGCUCACUGGGUAGCUGUGACCAGAAGAAUGAGCAAAGAAAUGAUAGGAGUGUUUAUGGACCUUCUAUGGAAAGAACGCCAGAUGUUGUGGAAGAGGAAAGUGAUGUUACAACUGAAAUGAAGGUUGAAACUCAUGGCCUGAAAUUUUGUGUGGUAGCAGAUGCCCAUGAUUUGAAGGAUGAUUCACCUGAGAUAUCUCCCCGCACUCUGCAGUCAUGGCAGGCCUUUGAUGUUGCUGAGAAUGGUUCUUAUAAUAAGUUGGAUGUACCAAAUCGUUUAGAGAAUGUUGUCUUUGGUAACAUUUAUUCUAGCAGUGCAGCUGACCCUUCUGAACAGAUAGAUAAUGAAGGGAAGGACUGUGCUGGAAAUGAUGGUCUUUCUAAAACCGCAUGUCCUGACAUUGGCUCAGCAUCUUCUAGAAGGAGCAAUAGAAAAUGUAAAUCUGGCCAGAAGACUCAGACAGCGAAAAGAGCUGCAAGGAAAGGCAAGAACAAAGGCAAAGUACGAGACUUUCAGAUCUUCAAGGCUGAAAGAAGGAAGAGAAGCUGUUUCUCCAAGCCAGCUCGCUCGUCUAAUUGGGGAUCAUUAGGGAAUAUUACCCAAUUUUUUGAGCAAAGUAAUGGGCUGGAGUUCAAUGAAAUUCUGAAUCAUGAAAGCCAAACAAAAAAUGGUGGGGGAAGUGGAAAAAUGAGUAGAAAGUGGAAGGGUAGUCGGGCUGGUGGAAGUUCCCGACAGUCUAGUGGGAAAAAACAUGCUUUGACUAGCAGUAUUCGCCUUAAAGUUAAAGUGGGAAAAGAAGUUGCCCAAAACAGUCUGAACAUUAUGGUCCCAGAAGUAAUUGAUACCUCAGUAUCUGCUGCUUGUGGUGUUAGGGAAUUUGACAUCAAGUCAUAUCAAGGGACCAGUUUUGGAAUUCCAAAUUUUGCCAAUGGCAUUAAAGAUAAAAUGAGGCAAGAGGAGACUGAAGAUCAGCUACAAUGUUCUGGAAAUAAGCUGGAGGAGGCAAAAAUAUACUCAGAUGCUUCUAUUUCAGAUUUACAUGUAGCAGAAAAUGACUUGCAUGGCACUUUGACUUCCGGGAAGUCAGUUGCAGAUGCUCCUGGGGAUUAUAUUGUAGUCUCCUCUCAUGUGGAGGUUGAAGCAUUGGGAGAAGUAGUUGAGAAGAGGUAUACAGAUCCAGAAACUUCACCGGAUUCGGAAGUUAUCAAUUUGGUUCCUGAAGGCCAAGUUAAUUCAAGAUGUCAAGAAGAUUUCCCUGAUGCUGUUUUUACCUCUUCGAAGGUUUUUGUUGCUACUGGAGUUGUUACUUGCAGUAACAGAGGAAAGAAGAAGGAUAGACUUACCCAUGCCAGUGACUGUUCUCUGGAAGAUAUAUCUCCUGAUGUGGCAAGUGUAAACAAUGUCAAAGCAACAAAGAAGCGUGGCAGCAGGCAGAGAAAAGGCAAUGAAUUUCUGUCUAAUGAGAUUCAUAUUUCUCCUACUGGAGUAAAUGCUUCUAGUAGCUCUUCAAUCAGUAAGGAAUUUUCUGGGGAACAGUUACAUUUGUCAAGAGAGACUGGACAUGGUGUCGCCAAAGAGGAUUUGCAAGCAGAAGUUAGUGCAGAAACUAAAAUAUGUUCUGGCGUGGAUGUUGUGCAUAGGUUGUCAGAAUCACAGAAUUCAAACAAGCUGCUUCCUUCAUCUAAAUCCAAGGGGCGACAACUUCCAAGAAAAUCUGGAGUGGGGAAGGGAAGGGCCAAAGUCUCUGACAAAGCAAGAAGCAAGAGUGUUAAUGGUUUUAGACAUAAAGGAAGUAAACAGAAGUCAAUUAAUAAGAACAAAAUCAAGGAGAAGAAUGAUUGUGAUCAUGUUGUUUGCACAGCAGAAGAUGAUCUAGAAACAACAAAUUGUAUUGCUGAUGAUUAUGGAAAAAGCAAUCCUGGUGACAGUGUUGCAUCCAUAGGUGUAGCUAAUUUACACAUGGCAUCAAAUGAUGUAAUGGAGCAGCAUGUACCAGCGGAUAAUGCUUGGGUGCGCUGUGAUGAUUGUCAUAAAUGGCGACGCAUUCCUGUUGCACUUGUAGAUUCUAUUGGUCAAACAAAUUGCCAAUGGAUGUGCAAGGACAACUUCGAUACAGCCUUUGCUGAUUGCUCAAUCCCCCAGGAGAAGUCAAAUGCAGAAAUUAAUGCAGAGUUGGGCAUAUCGGAUGCUGAUGAAGAUGCCUAUGAUAUCCCUUCAAAGAACAAGGGAUUAGAAUGUAAAAGUAAAACAGUUUCCAAAGAGCAUGAAUUUACACGCAUUUCUACUAAUCAAUUUCUGCACCGUAGCCGUAAGACUCUGACUAUUGAUGAGAUAAUGGUGUGUCAUUGCAAACCACCUCUAGAUGGUGGUUUAGGUUGUGGAGAUGAAUGCUUGAAUCGAAUACUUAACAUUGAAUGUGUUCAAGGCACCUGUCCAUGUGGUGAUUUUUGUUCAAAUCAACAGUUCCAAAAGCAUAAUUAUGCCAAAAUGAAGUGGGAUCGAUGUGGCAAGAAGGGUUUUGGCCUACGAUUGGAAGAGGCUGUUUCCAAAGGGCAAUUUCUAAUUGAAUAUGUUGGAGAGGUGCUUGAUGUGCAUACUUAUGCAGCACGGCAGCGGGAGUAUGCUUCUAAGAGUCACAAGCAUUUCUACUUCAUGACAUUGGAUGGCAGUGAGGUUAUAGAUGCUUGUGCAAAGGGAAAUUUGGGGCGAUUCAUUAACCAUAGUUGUGAUCCAAAUUGCCGUACUGAAAAGUGGGUGGUCAAUGGAGAAAUCUGUAUUGGAUUAUUUGCAUUGAGGGAUAUUAAGAAGGGUGAGGAAGUGACAUUUGAUUACAACUAUGUAAGAGUGGUUGGGGCCGCUGCAAAAAGAUGUUAUUGUGGUUCACCUCACUGUCAAGGUUAUAUUGGUGGUGAUCUAAGAAACUCCGAGGUAAUCGAUCAAGUUGAUUCGGAUGAAGAAUUUCUAGAACCAGUGAUGCUUGAAGAUGGUGAAACUGGAGAUGCAUUUAAGAAGCGAGCACCCAGAAUCAGUUCCUUGGAUGGCAUAGAACUGCAAGUUGCGGACAGUUUAUCAAAAGAUAGAGAUACAGUGGAUACUUCCACUGUAGCUGCUGGGAAAGUGGAAGUAGUCUCUGAAAUUGAGGUCUCCAUGAACCAAUCUGCUGCUUCUCCAGUUUCCCAGUUACGUAGUUCAUUGGAAAUUGAAGAUCUAAAGGAAAAAUCUUCAUUUGCUAGUCCACCAAUGGGAAUUUCUGUAGAAUCAGAUGAUGUCGCAAGCAAAUCUACAUCUGCUGUCCAGCAUGUGAUUUCCAAGGAAGAGUUUCAAAGGUCGGAUGCCUCGUCAACUGCAAUGCUCGGUAAAUCAUCAUCUGAUGUCAUGGUUGAUAACAGAAAGUCAAAGUCAACUACAGCUGAAGAAAAGCGGGUUUUUGUGAAAUCACGUUUUCUGAUUAAAACCUCACAUGAUUCUGGUUUAUGUAAGAAAGGAAAGUUUACUAGUAAUCCUUCAAAUCUGAACAAAGUUCAGAUGAUAACCAACAAAUCCCAGGUGCUGCCUGUCAAACCCAAAAAAUUUAUAGAUGGUACUUCCAACGGCCGUUUUGAAGCAGUUGAGGAGAAACUUAAUGAGUUGUUGGAUGCAGAUGGUGGGAUAAGUAAACGAAAAGAUGCCCCUAAAGGUUACUUGAAGCUUUUGCUUCUUACUGCAGCAUCUGGUGCUAGUGGAAAUGGUGAAGCAAUUCAGAGCAAUCGAGAUCUUUCAAUGAUUCUUGGUGCACUUCUGAAAACUAAAUCACGAGUGGUUUUGGUUGAUAUAAUUAACAAAAAUGGUUUGCGGAUGCUCCACAACAUGCUAAAGCAGUACCAAAAGGACUUCAAAAAGACACCAAUUCUCCGAAAACUUUUGAAGGUUUUAGAGUAUUUGGCAGUCAGGGAGAUACUUACUGCAGAACAUAUCAGUGGAGGUCCUCCUUGUCCUGGAAUGGAGAGUUUUAGCGAUUCAAUAUUGUCUUUGACAGAGCACAAUGACAAACAGGUUCAUCAAAUUGCACGAAAUUUCCGAGACAAGUGGAUUCCUCGACACAUCAGGAAAUAUGGUUAUAUGGACAGGGAGGACGGAAAGAUGGAGUUCCAUAGAGGCUCAAUCAGCAACAGGGUUGCAGCUUUGCAGAAUUAUUUGCACGAUCAGGUUGUAAGGCCUACAGAAGCAAUAGAUUGUGCGACCCAGUCAAAGCUAGCAACAAUUUCAGUGGAUACUGCUGUCCAUGAGGACUGUUCUGCACCUUGUGAUGUAGGUGGUAUAAAAACUCGCAAGCGUAAAAGCCGGUGGGAUCAGCCAGCUGAUGAGAAAGCAUCUUCAAGAUCUCUUCAGCUUGAUGAACAGAAGCUGCAUUCUGUGUUACUUCAACAAUCUGAAUAUAAACCACCACUUGGUGGAGGUAACGAGGUGCUGGAUAGCGUAGAAAAACCAAGCAGAGAGGACAGUUAUUGCCCUCAUUGCUUUCGCAAUUAUUGUCGGCAAGAUGUAGCUAGUUGUGCUGAUGAUGAAAGGCAGAAUGCACAAAGUGAUGUUCCACCUGGGUUCUCAUCUCCCCUCAAUCUCACCCCAGUUUCAUCCAAUGCUUCAUCAACCAUUGCUAAUCUCCCUGUUGGACAUCCUCAGAGAAAAUUCAUUUCCCGCUUGUCUGUGUCAUACGGAAUUCCAUUGCCUAUUCUGCAGCAAUUUGGUUCGCCUCAGGAUGGAACUGUAGAGAAUUGGGCUAUCGCUCCUGGCAUACCUUUCCAUCCUUUCCCUCCACUACCUCCAUUUCCCCAUAACAAGAAAGAAACUCCAGCUUCUGCUGUUGAUGCUAUGGUGAUUGAUGAAACUUCUGAAGGCCGACAGACCAGACAUAAUCCAGCCACUUGUUAUCCAAAUGAAAACAAUCCAAAUCAAAAUGGCACUAACAAACCAGACUUGGCCAUUCCUGGUGAGUAUGGCCAACAAACGUGUAAACGAUCUAGGGGAUCCUCCCAUGAUUUGGGAAGGAGGUACUUCAGACAGCAGAAGUGGAAUAGAGGACCUUCAUGCGUUUGGAACAGCAGGGGGUGGGGGUUCUCGGAAAAUAACUUGAGAGGUGGAGGAUGCAGCACUAAUGUAGAGAGUGUAACAAAUGAGCACAGAAAAUUGUAACUGUCACGGGAUAAGCUGUAAAGUGGAGAAAGCAGGCAAUUGGCAUUAUUCAGCAAAAAACAGUACCUAAAUUGGCAUUCAUUUUUUAGGAAAAUCACCCGAGCUUCUGGAUUUUCUUCCAUGCUUUGAUGUAUUCUCAAUUCUUUUUUUUUUCCAGGUUUUAUUUUCAAUGGAAAAUUCAUUCAAUUUCAGAAUUAUAGCGAGGAAAAACAUGCUGAAAUCUGGCAAUUUGUUGUCUUCCAUAUUAAUUCAUCUAUUUGGCUCGAAGAGGUAGGUAUGUUCUGUUUCAUGUA